UACACGUCUCAGAAUUGCCACGGUGGAGUGACCUAUUUCUCCUUCAACUUGGAACUUCAUCAGCUACAGUUCUUUUUUUUUUCUCUCUUUUCAAAGAUACGACAACGAACCUACAUCACCAUACAUACCAUAACUUCCUUGAAAAAAUAAUAACAAUAACCCAUCUCCCCACCCCAAAAAAAAAAAUGAAUGAAUAAAUAAAUAUAUAAGAAAAUAAUAAACACGCAAAAAAAGAAAACAAAACAGAUAAUGAGAAUCACCAUGUUAAUCCGCCUUCUCAAAAUUAUCAUUAAGUCCGUAAUCCUCACGAUCCUCUUUGUCCUCCUCGUCCACCACUUAAAAGAGGAUCACGUGACCCCAACGUCAUCUCCGACGCUAAGAUAUUGGGAUCGAAACGCCUUAAAAGUAAAAGGUCGAUAUUCAGGAUAUUUCUUGCCUUACAUCGUGACGCCCUUGUUAGGAGAGUCGCUUCGGGAAGGGACACUGAAGGAAAUUUAUCCCACGAUCGAGCGAAGUUUUCUCGCUGAUGAAGUUCGGUUUCCUGCGGGCGUCGUGAAGGAUUACGUCGAAGGAACCGUCCCGAGUUACAGCAUCAAACGAGCGAGCAGCGAAUCCUCUGCCGACGCGUUAGUAAACCGAAAACUAACAAAGAUCAAGGACUAUUUCGACUACCUACAGCAUCCGCGACUGAGAUGCAGGAAAUUGAAGAGAAUGGGAGGAACCUAUUCUUGUGAUGGCCAGGGAGAUGAAGACGGGAUGGAUGGCCAUAAGUACGUGUGUAUGGACCCUAGCCUCGAACUUGGGGGGACAAAAGACCCGAAAUCCUGCCUUACGCUAUCUUAUGGUGUUCACAAGGAUGCAACCUUUGACGGAGAUGUUGCAGAGUUGCAGUGUGAAGUUCAUAUGUUUGAUGUUCUCAACUUCAACCCUCUUUUAGCCCAUGAAGUUGAUCAUGUUCACUUCCAUGUGGAGGGCCUGGCUCGCAAAACAAUCAUCAACUUUUACCCCAACGUCAACAUGAGCGUCGAAAUGAAUGACGUCCUCGGGCAUAUGCUGAAGUAUAAACUCGACCCUCGGCCUGUAAAUAUCCUGAAGAUUGACAUUGAAGGGUCGGAGUGGGAUGCCCUUGCAGACGUGACAACUAAAGAAGGAUUGAAAAUACUUGAACUCGUUGGCCAGAUCGCGAUUGAGUUACACGUCGUGGACUUGGUACAAGAACUGACCGUUAAAGGGCUGGACUCCAAGCCUCCCGACCAAUGGCUGGACGUUUUACAAAAGCGGUUCGACAUUCUCAUGGGCUUGGAGGACAUGGGCUUCCGACCCGUGGUGUACUGGGACAAUGUGCAGGACAAGUUCGCGCUUCACGACGAGGCCGGCGUGCGCUACGAGACGGCUGGCGAGGUCCUCUUCGUCAACACCAAUUGGUACAACGCGACGUUUAAGCGCACGUUGGUGGAAGAAGGUGUUAUGUUCCGUGGAGACUUUAAAGAAUUUAUCGGGGCCUCCAGCAACAACCACAUGAACCUCACUCCAACUUUUGUAAAGCAUUCGAUACGGGCUCAGUCUUGGGGCCCAGUCUCUUCCAUUAGUAUAUCAAUAAUAGAGUCAAUGCCAGCUUUCUAUGCCGAUGAUACUUGCUUUUACACUUCAGGAAACUCUAUUGUGGAACAUGUUUUGAUAUCAGUGAUUAACAGUUCAAGGGGCCUUCAAUAG